AUGAGGGAAUAUUCCAGGCUUCCUUCUGCUUUGGAGAAACUAAAGGAAAAAAAAGGAACGUUUGUAUCUGCUUUUACCGUGCUGUGCGGAGCCCGGACCGACCUCCCUGAUAGGCAUAUGUGUUGUGUCUUCUGGCUGAACAUUGCUGCUGCUCUGAUUCAGAUCCUGACGGCAAUCGUGAUGGUUGGCUGGAUUAUGAGUAUAUUUUGGGGGAUGGACAUGGUCAUUCUCGCAAUUUCACAAGGCUACAAGGAACAGGGGAUCCCACAGCAGCUGUAGUGGCUGGGACAAGUAUGGUCAGAGAAACACGGCGAGAGAUUUCCUUUGGCAGCUGUGGGCCACGGACCUUUUCAUUACCCUUUGUCUUUCUUCUUCUUCCUUUUGUUUUGUUUCCUUCUGUUUGAACCUGGUUCAUCUGCCCGUCCAGCGGAACGGAGGUGCAGAGCAGCCGACGGAGACUUGCACUGAUCCCAUUGAGCAGCGGAGAUGGGGCAAGCAUGGCGUGGGUUAGGACUGGCCCUGGCCAGCACGUGGUGGGCGGCCGAUGAGGAGGAGGAGGGUGCCAGGAGAAGGAGACACCCCUGGCAAAGGUGGCACCUGGGCAGGCAGCUGAGCCGGGGGAUCGGGAGAUGCUGCUUUCUCUCUCCUCCCAGAGGGAAGUAGCUGAAGACGUUUUGCCUCCUUUUUACGCUCACCGUUAAAGGAAACCGGCUGUGAACAUCAAAUGCCAAGGAGCUAUUAAUAGAUAUAUGUACAGUAUGUAAAAGCAAACCAAUGGUACUUUUUUCCCCCACCCCGAGAGCCCAUCCUUGACUGCUUCGUGGUAGCGGAGGGCUCAGCCCAGCCUCCUCUGCUGUCUGUGUAUAUAUGAUGCUCAAUGAAGCUCUGUCCUUGCAGAUGUCUUGAGAAAUGUGCUUGCUGUAAAUUGUAUUGUACUGCUGAACUGACUGGGGCCGUCCCCUGCUUCCAUCCACUGGCACCAUGCGAAGACCAGACCUACCGCUGGCCCCUGGGGAGACUUUAUCUAGCAAGGGACCGCUGCCCCGCAGCACCUUGCCUCUAGGGUGGUGGGUGCAGCCACGUGCUGUCAAAAGCUUCUAGUGUAAAACAAUACUGGGGGAGCCAAAAAGAGAGGCUUUUCCUCCCCUCCUCCUGAAAGGGCCUUGCUGGAAGCGUCUCCGUGCUUUGGAAACGGAUCCCCUUACAGCGUGGCAUGUGCUCCUGGCUGAAGCAGUGUCCCCGCUCCGCUUCCCCAGGGGCCAAAUUAAUCACCCAGCACUUUUACGCCUCUUCCCAGAGCGCCGCAGAAGGAGGCCACCCACUCCGGGACACCCACCAACAUCAGGGCUGAAUAACUCGCCUCCCACUUGCGGGAGCCGUGCCACACCAUCCCGCUAGCGCCCGCCGUGCCAUACCGCACCACCUCUGCAAACCGACCCCUGCCUCCUCGCCAGUGCAGCUAGAGGUCGCAGCCAACGAACGCUUGAUCUGGUCGAAGGUGAAUAGCACCAGGCUAUCCCGAUAUCAUCUUCUGCUUUUUAAAUAUAGAUGUUUUAGAUGCAAGUUUUACAGCUAAAGAGCGAUAGUAGGUAACGAAGAAUAAAUGCAAUUGCUUCACCCCCAUCCACCAGCAACACAGUGUUUUCUGCUGCUCUUCGCUGAUUGUGAAAACCAGGUUUCUGAAGAAAAGGGCUUUAAUGAAAUUGUUCCUUGGUACUUGAACCCAGCCGGGCUGAACAGCUGAUUUGCUACUCAGUGGAAAGCAAUUCCAGGUAGGAACCAAACCAAACGUCUUUUUGAAAUUUGUGGCCAGUCGUAAACCAGUUUCAUUCUGGGUCAGCCCAACCAUUUCAAUGCAGAGCACGUUAACGUUUUUCCUAAGUUCGUUGGUGUUGCCAAAGCCGUACUUACCACGGAAAAGGUGCUAUGGCAGAUGGCCCCCGCCCUCCUGGCCUUUUGCCCGCCAGACUGUG